AUUUUCUUUUUAGAGAACACUACCAGCUCGCACACAUUCAAGUGUUUGUCGAUACACGGUGUGGGCGCCCUUAGCGGUCAGCUUUCAACUUAUUGUUUGUCCACUUUUGCGAGAGUAUAUAGGUCCAGGAGACCUGCGUAUAUUGUACGCGUCUUCCUCUGGUCCAUGGUCUGACAUUUAUGAAGACAUCGGAGGAGAGAAGGUGAAGGAUGACGCAGUUUUUACCCCCGAACCUGUUGGCCCUCUUUGCGCCGCGGGACCCCAUACCUUUCCUGCCUCAGCUAGAGAAGUUGCCCCACGAGAAGCAUCACAACCAACCGUACAGCGGCAUUGCACCGUUCAUCAGGCACUUCGAGGACCCUAGAGAUGCCCCUCCACCAACGAGGGCAGAGACCCGUGACGAGCGGCUGGAGAGAAAGAGGCGAGAGAAGAUUGAGAGGAGGCAAGCAGUGGUGGAGACAGAACUGAAGCUUUGGGACCCCCAUAAUGAUCCCAAUGCACAAGGGGAUGCCUUCAAGACAUUGUUUGUUGCACGAGUGAACUACGAUACCACAGAGUCAAAACUUCGCCGCGAGUUUGAGGUUUAUGGCCCCAUCAAACGGAUUUACAUAGUCUACAACAAGAGGACGGGGAAACCUCGCGGCUAUGCAUUCAUUGAGUAUGAGCAUGAACGAGACAUGCACUCCGCCUACAAGCACGCAGAUGGGAAGAAGAUUGAUGGUAGAAGGGUGUUGGUGGACGUGGAACGAGGGCGCACUGUCAAAGGAUGGCAUCCUCGCAGGCUCGGUGGUGGAUUGGGUGGCACUAGGAGAGGUGGAGCUGAUGUUAACAUCAAGCACUCUGGCCGCGAUGAUGCAUCACGUUAUGAUGAUCGCCCCCUGGGGGGUGAUCGGGAGCGUGGAGGAGAACGGAGGGAGCGCAGCCGGGAGCGUGACCGGGACAAGGACAGGGAACGCAGACGGACCCGAUCCCGCGAACGGCGUCGACGUACCCGCUCCCGAGAGAGGGAGAGAGAGAGGCCAGUUGGAACAGCUGAGGAAACCCCCGUUAGUGCCCGGCGUCGCGACAGAGAGAAGGAACGCGGGGGGGCAGCAGGAGGAGACAGCAGGAGUAGGGAGAGGAGUCGGGAAAGGAAGAGAAGGAGCAGGAGCCGAGAUCGCAAGCGAGACAGGGAGCGAGGCAAGGGGUUGGAUGGGGAGGAGGUCAGCCAGGGAGACGUUGCCCCUGAGGGCGGAGAGCGCAUGCUGGAGGAACAUGAGGGAGAAGUGGGCGAGGGCACGGAGGAGCGUAGAGACAGGGACAGAGAAAGGGACAGGGACCGCAGGCGCAGCCACAGGGACAGAGACAGGCGCAGGGGAGACCGGGACAGAGACAGGGAGCAUAAAAGGGAGCGAGGGGAGAGAGACAGGGGGGACCGCAGAGAGGAGCGACAUGGCUCCCUACGAGACGACAUGGGCCCCCAAGAUGACAUGGGCAACGAGGAUGAGGGAGGAGCACCACCACACAUGGAGGAGUACAGUCAGGAUGGGAUGAUGGACCAGCAGUCAGUGCCAUCAGCUGACGGCUAUGGCUCCAGUGAGAAUGGUUACAAGAUGGAGGCACCAGGAGACGAGUACUGAGAUGGCCCCUCUCCCAGCAGAUUCCCACUCAUAAAUAAGUUGUUUCAUUCUAUACUUUAACUUGGCCUUUAACUUUCUGCCAAGGUACAGGAAGCCUAAAUGAUGUCGGGGCUUCCUCAGUACCGAUCUUUAACUAGCUUCUCUCCCAUCUGUCAAGAAUCUGACAUAUUUCACUUGAUAUUGUUGCAUGCACAGUUGAUGCAUAUAACUGAUUUGAUCUCACAAAAGUUGCAGCUUUUCUGCAGUGCCCAACUAAUCCGUGCCACUAAAUGUUAUCAGAUUACCUUAGUUAUUCAAGCUAGGUAUGUUUUUGUUCCCCCCCACUUGGUUUUGGAUUAACUGUAAAAACAGAGCGCUAUUUGUUUUUUAGAUGGGUAAAUUGUGUUGUCUUAUUAUUUCCAGAUUCAUAAAGCAGUUAGAUUCUAUGCUUAUUGGACCCAGUGACCAGUUUCUGCUCAAUGUUUGUGAAAUUGAAGGAAAUGUAGUAUUGUGAAAGAAUUGAGGGCUGUUCUGUUUAUUCAUUCUUGAAUAAAACAUUUUUAAUUAUG